GAAGACUUCAAAUUAAGAUUGCAACUUCAAAGACAGAGAGCCAUGAGGCUUUCCCAAGAGUUGUGCUUGAGCAUGCUUGAAAUAAUUCAUCCAGAUCCGCCAACAUGGGCCACGUUCGCACCAAGACUGUGAAGAAGGCGGCCCUGGUCAUCAUCGAGAAGUACUACACGCGCCUGUGUAAUGACUUCCACACCAAUAAGCGAGUGUGCGAGGAGAUCGCCAUCAUCCCCAGCAAGAAACUUCAGAACAAGAUCGCCGGCUAUGUCACGCAUCUGAUGAAGCAGAUUCAGAGAGGUCCUGUGAGAAGUAUCUCUAUCAAGUUACAGGAAGAAGAGAGAAGAGAGAAUUAUGUUCCCGAGGUCUCAGCCGUAGAUCAGGAGAUCAUUGAGGUAGAUCCUGACACCCAGGAAAUGCUGAAGCUUCUGGACUUUGGCAGUCUCUCUAACCUUCAGGUCACUCAGUCUACAGUUGGAAUGAAUUUCAAAACACCACGCGGAGCUGUUUAAUCUGUUAUGCCAUAUUUUUAAUAAACCUGAAAACAAACAAACAAAAAAAAGUGUAGGCUACCAAUUCUGACUUUAUGCGUUGCUGAGAAUUAAUCCCAGAGCCUCAUGUAUGCUAGCAAGUACUCUGAGCAAUGUGUCUAUUUCCUCAUAAGUUUUUCAUCAUUUACUUCCCUUUGUAUUACUCAUUCCCAAGCACAUUCACUUGUUCCCUCCCUCCUUUUAUUUUAAAUAUAUUUUCCAGAAUUUGCCCUUUCUCAGUGAUUCUCACACUGUCCUGCUUGAUGUGUCCCGUCCAUAACUAUACUGUCAGCUAUCAGCUAUCAGCAAAAUGCUUAGCACUCUCAUUCCCGGCUUUUCAUCCUACUUUCUCUCCUAAGCAGCACUAACUAUUCCUAACUAGCACUGCCCAAUAACACAUUUAUGUUAGUGAAAAGUUCUGUCUGUAUUAACCAAUACAGUAGCAAUAGCUAGAAGUAGCAGUUGAGUAUUUUAAAUGUGCUAUUGCACUUGAGGAUUUGUGAAUGUUUGAUUUUACUUUAUUUAAAUCUACUCAGUAGCCAUAUGUAUCUAAUGGCUGCUGCUGUGACCAUCCUCUCCAUUGAUUCCCCAUUUCAUGUAACGGCAUCAAAAAUCUGUUCAGUGUCAUUCAGCAUCCUUACUUUUUCUUUGUCACUCUUCUAUAUCAGGUCAGCUAUUGAAUCUAAUUAGUUUUUUUUUAAUAU